UUCCUUCAUGCAGUCUCAUACAUGACACCUGCCCUGCUGUUCACAACCCGAGUCACUGAAGAUGACAUGGCACCUGUAGGACGAGGCUUCAAAACCUUCAAAUCUGUGCUGUUGCUGGUGAACCAUUAAGAGGCAGCCAUGAGAGACAGACUGAUUGACCUGCAGGCUCUCUCUGAGUCCAGCAGUAAUGUGGAUGAGCUGGAAUAUGCAGAGUCUGUCUCAGACUCAUUCAGCAACGUGGACUUGGAAGAUGACCUCCAACAGCAGGCCGUCAUUUUUGAUAACAGUGCAGAUAUGGAGGCCGUGCUCGACGAGGCUCAGGAAACGAGGCGUGAGAUCCAGCUCAUUCGCCUGGACGUGAAGCGUCUCAGAGACCAGAACUCACGUAUCCUCACUGAGCCAAUUCGCACCAGCACCAUAAAGCGAGACUCCAACGCCAUCGCCGCAGACAUCAAAACCCGUGGGGAAGACCUGCUGGGGCGCCUUCGCAAAAUCGACUCUCACGCAAAAGAACUGGAGGAAGAGCACGGCAUCAACUCAGCCGUUGCUAGAAUCGCUAGAACCCAGUACGCCGGCCUGAGCAACAAUUUUCGAGACGCCAUGAUGGAAUACAAUGAAACGGAGAUGAGCCACAAGGAGACCUGCAAGAUGCACAUCCAGCGGCAGAUGGAGAUCGUGGGUCGAGAGGUGACGGGUGAGCAGAUUGAGGAGAUGCUGGAGACCGGCCAGUGGAACAUCUUCAGUGAAAAUGUGCUCCCAGAAGGAAAAACAGCACGAUCGGCUCUCACCCAGAUCGAAAGCAGACAUCAGGACCUGAUCGAUUUGGAGAAGCGCAUCAAGAGCGUCCAUGAAGUGUUCCUGGAUGUGGCCAUGCUGGUGGAAGAGCAAGGGCCCAUGAUGGACUACAUCUUCACCAAUGUUCAGAAAACCGACGCCAUGCUCGGUGAAGCCCUGAUCAGACUCGGCAGAGCUAAGAGGCACGACAGCAACAAUCCAUUCAAGAAGAUGUUCUGUAGCUGCUUCCCCUGCGUCAAGUGAUUUAUUUGGCCAAAAAUCUGACUUUUGGUUUUAAGAAUGACAAUGUUGGAAACAUUUUGUUCCUGUUUUUCACAGCCUUAUCAGUUUGGCUCAUUUUGCAUCAUGAACAGAGGUCAUGAAGAAUGCAGUCAUACCUGGCAAGUCCUGAGUGUGGGCAAAAACUCUGUGUCCAAUUAUACAUCAGUAAUUGAUUUAUAGUUGUCACUUUAGAAUCUGCAACACAUGUACAUAUAUUUAAUAUGCUUGUGUAAAUCAUAUGCUUGAACUUGAAUUGUUUUCGCCAUUAUAUAUCAUGAAAUGUGGAUUGUUGAUUAAAACCUAUGUUUAAAGAUGGUACUGUUUCUUUUUAGACUGAGAUUUGCUUUAUUCUAUUUGGGAGAUUCAGCAGAAGUAAUGUACAGCAUAUAAGAGACAAUAAACAUUACAAAUCCA